CGUCUUAUGGGUCGGAGUGACAAAGAGAGCGAGCAGAGACCGACGGAGAAGGAAUAAAAAAGAAAUUCUGAAUUUGUGGAGUGGUGUUAGAAUUGUUUCCCUGAGAAAGAGGCUCGGAAGGUGGUUUUACGACUGAUCGUCCGAUUGCUGCGAGAUCUGAUUAUUACUUCCGUGUUUAUGGGGACGGACGUGUUUGGACUUUUGUGUGAAUUAUAUGAUUUUACAUCGGGAAAUUUGAAUUUUUUCAUUUGAAUUGUUGGUUGGGUUGAGUAAGGGAGCCGCCAUGGCUGGAGCUGUCGGAUCAUUGAGCCUCAACCUCAGUAUAUGAAUAAUUAUUAUACUAUGCUAUAAUAAUUGCCAGAAUUUAAAAAAUAGCUAACAUAUUAGACUUUUUGUUACUAAGUAUCACCUAUUUGACUGGUGCCGUUUUAUGACUUAAACACAACUAAUAAGUUGUUUUUAAAAUAGCCAAACUAGCAAAGGACAUUUUAAUGAGAUAAUUUGUUGUUAAAGACGUAUUUCUGCUGUAGGCCUUGUGAUAAGAACAGAAGAGGAAGAAGAUUACAGAAUCCGGGAAAGGAUGGUUUGAGAAAACCCAGUAUCGGUGGACGGGAGAAGUACUUAUCGUCAGCUAUUGAGAAAACGAUUUGGGAAGGAACGGGCGGACAGAGGAGUUGCUUGUCUCUUUUCAUGCAUUAAUACUGUAACGAUUGUUGCUACAAUCGUACUGUUAGGUCGAAAGACGAACGAUUAACAACGCGAAGAAUACCGUUCUAGCGAGAGACGGAGAAGAGGAAAGGAUUUGGAAUUGGAAUAUGUCGGGUCGGCCCAGAACCACCUCCUUUGCAGAAAGCUGCAAACCAGUGCCGCAGCCGUCGACGUUUGGUAACAUGAAAGUCAGCAGAGAUAAGGACGGCAGUAAGGUGACCACGGUGGUGGCCACGCCGGGCCAGGGCCCCGACCGGCCGCAGGAGGUCAGCUACUCGGACACCAAGGUGAUCGGGAACGGCUCGUUCGGCGUGGUGUACCAGGCCAAGCUGUGCGACUCGGGCGAGCUGGUGGCCAUCAAGAAGGUCCUGCAGGACAAGAGGUUCAAGAACCGUGAGCUGCAGAUCAUGAGGAAGCUGGAUCACUGUAACAUCGUGCGUUUGCGUUACUUCUUCUACUCCAGCGGAGACAAGAAGGAUGAGGUGUAUCUGAACCUGGUGUUGGACUACGUCCCAGAGACGGUGUACAGAGUGGCCAGACACUACAGCCGGGCCAAGCAGACUCUGCCCAUGGUGUAUGUGAAGCUCUACAUGUACCAGCUCUUCCGCAGUCUGGCCUACAUACAUUCCUUUGGGAUCUGCCACCGGGACAUCAAACCCCAAAACCUGCUGCUGGACCCCGAGACCGCCGUCCUCAAGCUCUGCGAUUUCGGGAGUGCGAAGCAGCUGGUCCGUGGCGAGCCCAACGUGUCCUACAUCUGCUCCCGGUACUACAGAGCCCCCGAGCUCAUCUUCGGAGCCACAGACUACACCUCCAGCAUAGACGUGUGGUCAGCUGGUUGUGUGCUAGCGGAACUGUUGCUAGGGCAACCCAUCUUCCCCGGUGACAGUGGAGUGGAUCAGCUGGUUGAGAUCAUCAAGGUUUUGGGGACCCCCACGAGGGAACAGAUCCGCGAGAUGAACCCCAAUUACACCGAGUUCAAGUUCCCCCAGAUUAAGGCGCACCCAUGGACUAAGGUGAGUCAACAGGUGUUCCGGCCUCGCACGCCCCCGGAGGCGAUAGCGCUGUGCUCGCGGCUGCUGGAGUACACCCCCACCGCCCGCCUCACCCCCCUGGAGGCCUGCGCCCACUCUUUCUUCGACGAGCUGCGGGACCCCAACGUCAAGCUGCCCAACGGGAGGGAGAAGCCCUCGCUCUUCAACUUCACCACCCAAGAGCUCUCCAGUAGUCCCUCUCUAGCCUCCAUCCUAAUCCCCGCCCACGCCCGCAGUCAAGCUGGAGCCUCCACCCCCACCAACGCCUCUGCCACUUCAGAUGCCAACAGCGGAGAUCGCGGCCAGACCCCCAACACCGCCUCCGCCUCCGCCUCCAACUCCACUUGAGCCCGCGGCACCCUGGAGGCCCGCCCCCUCUGCCUGGGGCCACACCCACCCUGCUGCUCGCUAGCCCCGCCCAUGUCCUGGGGAGGGAGGGGCCGCAAAAGGAAGGCGGGGAUUUGGAACAAACAAACAAACAAAAAAAGGAACAAACACAAUGAAACCAAUCAGACUGCGUGAACCCCCCCCCACCACCAACCCCAACCCCACCAACCCCAUCACCAACACCACACGUCCCCAUGUGAUUGUCUUCGUUUAGUUUUUGUUUUUUGUUUUUGUUUUUUUUUUGUAUGGAUUAACGGUAAUGUGUAUGAAAACUGUGCUCACUGAGAGAGUGGAAGGGGUUGGAUGAGGGGGGAGGAGGGGCGAUCAGUACAUGAGUAUAAAUAUAUAUAAAUAUAUAAAUAUACAGUAAAUAAUAAGAGUAAUAUUCAUGUUUAUCCCUGGACAAUCUUUUUAGCGAAGCAUUACUGUAGCUAUAACCAUCUUCCACCCAGCACCCCAAUGGUUACUUUGCCCCCACCCCCUACCCCUGUGCUCUCUCCUGUGCCCCGUGCUGUAUGAUGACCCCUGACCCCUGACCCCUGACCCUGGUCCAUAGGCAGACUUCCCUUGCCGAGUCCUUGUGGAAGCGCAGGGCCUGAAUUUGGUUGGGAGCACCAGCAGACUGAACAGGAUCAGUAGAAGGCUCAGGACGUGAAUCCCUGACUCCCCGAUCCUCACAGCCCCAGUGUGUCAUAUUCCUCGGUUUCUCUCUGAUAACGGCAGUCCUUGGGAAAGAAUCGUGUAGCUCAUUGCAGAAGUCAUGAAGAGUUUUUUUAAAUUUUUUAAAUGAAACUAGGACAAUUUCAUUUUUUUAUUUUUUUAUUUUUUUUUCUUGGGUAGGUGGGGGCGAGAGGUGGGAAUGGGAACUUUUAAGAGUGACGUGUGCGUGUACAGUACAGCGGCGUGCUUGUAUUAUAUAUACAUGCACAGUUUAUAUAUUACUUUGCAUUAUGUAAAAAAAGUAAAUCUAUAUAUAUAAAUAUAUAUAUGAGAAAUGUAUAUGAGAAGGUUGCGCGGGUUUGUGGAGCCGUGGGGGUCGGAGUGAAGGGCAGCGACGCUAUUGGCUGCCGUCUAACGACACUGAGGACCGACGUCCUCUCUUCCGCCUCCGCUUCGCCAGGGACGUGGAAAUAAUAUUUAACUUCCUAAUUUGCAUUACCUUAUUUAUUAGUGCAUGUGACUUACCGCAUAGACAUCCAGCUGUAUGUAUGUGUUGUAGAUAUUCUAGGGAGAUGGGGGGGGGGGGUACAGGUUAUUGUGGGGGGGGGGGUUGCUUAUGGGUCUGCAGGAUUGUUUUGGGGUGCAGGAAAGACGGGGGACUCCUCCGGUGAUGUCCUCCUCGUUCUUUUCUUCUUUUUCUUCCGUGGAGCUGUGAGAGUGGUGUGACGUUCCCCUCCCCUGUUCCUGGGGUGCCGGCAGGGCCCCCGUUUGGGAGGCUGAGUGCUGGAAUGUCAGUAAAAAGGCACGUUUAAGCUUCCGCGCGUAUUUUUUUUGACGCGUUGUGCGUGAACAGGCCACGCCCCCGAGCCUCUGUUCUCGCUCUCUCCCCGCCCAGCUGUGAGCUGUCACUCAAACGGACCGAGCGCAGCGUCCGCCUGCAACGGGCCGGUCCCGCCCCGGUCUGCCGGUGAAGCUCCGCCCCCCUGUUCUGGUGAGCACUCUGCUCGGAACGCCGGGGCUUGUGGGUAAACGGGCGAGACGGGGGGUGGGGGGGGGUGUGAGUGUGGGGGUGUCGCGUGACUCCCCAGAACAGGCCAGCACCCGGGCUCACGCGGAGCGUGUCGUUGGACGGGUUUGGCUCCCGGUGGCCGGGGCGGGGCUGGGAUCGUUUCCCCCGGUUACGGUUUGGGUGGGCGGUGCGCUUGUGCCCACCCCUCGCGGGUCCUCCUGGUCCUCACGGGGCUCGGGCGCCUCUGGGAAGGCCCGUCGUCCGUCGCCGGCGACGCUUUCAGUCCUUUAUUUUAUCCUUUCUUUUUACCUGAAGCCAUUGCGGAGGUGUAGCGCGUCCGUUUGUCGUUUAUUCAUCCCCCUUUCCCUCUCCUGCCCCCUGCUGGCCGUCCCGGGCCGCGGCGCGGAACCCGUCUCUCAGUGCUGACACAAAGAGGCUUAACAAGAAAAAAAAAGAUUGAAAAACAGUUUUUAAAAAUGUGUAUAUAUUAGGUGCUCCUCACCAAAUUCUGGCUUGUACUUUUAUCUUUUUUUCUUUUUUUUGUGUAUGGUAUGUAAAUAUGCAGACCCAAGAACUGUUAAUGAGCAAAAAAAAAAAAAAAAAAAAAGAAAGAGAGAAAUCAAAAGGACAAAAAGAAAUCAGGGCAAUGAUGAUCGUUUAUUAAUAAAAAAUUAUAGAUGAGCAUUUCCCAGCCAUAUAGUUUAAUUGUAACUGUACAGUAGGUGCCGGCUAUAUUAUUGUAACAAUAACUAGUAAUGUAUAGUGUAUCUAUAGUUUGGAGUGCCUUUGCUGACGUUAUCCCCCCCUCCCUCCCCCCAACCCCUCCAUCCCUUGUUCCUGCUUCUCGAACCCCCCCCCCCCCCCUCCAGGGGGAGUGCUGUUGAAUUGCUAGUCCCUCUGAGUUCUUCCACAGCCAGCCAUGUUCACUUUACACCUUAUUUUUAAAGCUCUUUUUAACCUCCGGAUACAUCUCUCUUAUGCCGUAUUUUUAAUUAAUGUAGCGUCUUUUUUAAAAACUCAUUUUCCCCCUCCUGUAAACUCCUGUGGGAAGUUAAACUGAUUUUAAAGCAGUGAUUUUAGCUUGAGUUAGCUCUCUCUGUCUCCCUCUCCCUCCCCCCCCCUCUCUCUCUCUCUCUCUCUCUCUCUCUCUCUCUCUCUCUCUCUCUCCCUCUCCAUCUCAUGUCUGUGCACAGAUUCUGAGAGCUCUGUGGUUGUAAUGUCUGCUGUGUCUUGGUUGGAGUUGUAACGGUGAAGCGCAGAUGUCUGUCCGAUUCCUCUCCUGGUACCAAAGUGAAUCAGUGUAGUCUAUUGUUGACCCAGCUAUUUAAGAGGCAAUAACGAUUUAAUAUGUAGGAUUUUUUUUUUUUCCUGUUAGUGAACUGUAGCGCAAAUUCAACAGCACUCAGUGGGACAAAUAUCAUGUAGCCCCCCUCUCCCUUUGGUGAUUUUAUAUAUGUAUAUAUAUCAUUAUAUAUAUAUAUAAAAGGUGCUUGCUUGUAAUAUUUGCAUUCAUAGAUGUGUUGCUAUCCAAUCACCUGGCCUGUAAAACAAAUCGUGUGACCACUUCUUGUGACGAAAGUUAAAAUAAAAUUUUAAAAAAGAAGAAAAAAAAUGUAAAAACACAAAGUUCAAAAGAUAAAUUUAAAAAAAAAUGAAAAAAGGACUGUGAGAUAUAUACAGACUAUCGCAUACACCUUGUGGAAAAAAACUGUCUUGAUUUAAAAUAAGUAAAAAAUAUGACAAAACAACCUGUAUACCAUUACUACUACUUGAAUGCCUCUGUUUGUGACUGAAAUUUUUAUUUCAUUUUAAAUAUAAACUUUUUUUUUCUGUGAAAGUAUGCUAAAUGUUUCCCUCUCCUUGUAAAUAUGUCCGUUUUGUUCCUCUGUGUGACUUGGUUCAAAGAAAUAGUUACCUGGUACUGUAAUUUGCAUUAAAUAAAGAGUAGGAUAGCCUGGAAAUGAA